AUGGAGAAGAGAGAACUCAAAGAAGAGCUUAUAAACUUUAUCUUGAACAAAAAGUACGGAAUUGAUGCGUUUGAUCCACCAGUAUAUGCGAAUGCACUGAACAGUAUUCCUAAGGAGCAUGUACCUAGUGGGUUGAUAAGUGUGCUAGAUACAUAUGCUUUAUCGAUUUCUAUUGAGGAGGGAAUAAAGUUCCUAGAGUGUUUAGAUCCAUUUGUGAAGAGAAUUGAAUCAGAUAAGCUUAAAGAUAUCAUUUUUGGAAUGAUCAACAUUAAUCAGGUGAUGAAUAAGGCAAUUAAAGAUAAGAACAAGAUGCAAAACUUCAUAAAUGUGUGUGAGCUAUAUGCAGAGCAAUUUAAAACAAACAAGAAUUUACUGAAGGACUUCAAUAUGGCAUUUAAGGGUGACCAAGGGAAUCUUGAAAUAGACGCGUCUUCUGUGAAGGCAGUAACAAGGUUUCCACCUGAACCGAAUGGAAGACUGCACAUAGGGCAUGCUAGAGCAGUGCUGCUGAACUGGUAUUUUGCAAAUAAGGAUGGAGGAAGGCUGAUUGUGAGGUUUGACGAUACAAAUCCUGAAAAAGAGCGUGAGGAGUUUGAGGAGGGGAUUUUAAAAGAUAUUGGAAUGCUUGGGAUAACAGAAUAUACAGUGUCGCAUACAAGUGAUUAUUUUGAUAGGAUUAUUGAGUAUGGAUUUUUCAUGAUUGAAGAAGGCAAGGCAUAUGCAGAUAACACACCACAGGAGCAGAUGAGGAAAGAAAGAGGAGAAGGAAUUGAGUCUCAGUGCAGAAAUACAAGCAUUGAAGUUAACAGAAAGGUGUUUGAGGAGAUGAUUGCAGGAAAUGCAGGAGGAUAUUGCAUUAGAGCAAAAGUGGAUAUGUCGAAUGUGAACAAGGCGAUGAGGGAUCCUGUGAUAUUCCGAGUGUGCCAUAGUGAGCAUUACAGAACUGGGUUACGGUAUAAAGUGUAUCCAACAUAUGACUUUUCAUGCCCAAUUGUUGACAGUCUGGAGGGGGUGACGCUGUCGCUGAGAGCAAAUGAGUAUCGUGACAGGAAUGCACAGUAUUACUGGUUUAUUGAGAAUCUUAAACUUGAGAACAAGCCAAAGAUCCACGACUUUUCGCGACUGAGCUUUGAGAACACUGUUUUGAGCAAGAGAAGCCUCAAGUACUAUGUUGAGAAUAAAUUUGUUAGUGGAUGGGAUGAUCCGAGGCUUGCAACAAUAUCAGGAAUAAGAAGACUUGGGAUGAGCAUGGAGGCGCUGAGGGAGUAUAUUCUGAUGCAGGGGAUGUCUCAGAAAAGCUCAAUAAUAUCAUGGGACAAGAUAUGGGCGAUUAACAAGAAGAAGGCAGAUCCUGUUGCACCAAGGUAUUUGUGUGUAAGGCACAAGGAUGUGAUUGAAGUGGAAGUAGAAGGUACGGAUGAUUAUUCAAUGCAUAUACCAUUGCACAAGAAGAAUACAGAACUUGGAAUGAAGGAAGUUUUCUAUUCGAAAAGCAUUUUGCUUUUACAGGAGGAUGGACAGGUUUUAGAAAAAGAAGAAGAAUUUACGUUGAUGAACUGGGGAAAUGCAAUAGUUAAAAGCAAAACGAUUCAAGAUGGAGUGAUAAAGAAGAUGGUGAUUCAACUGCAUCUUGAGGGAGAUUUCAAAACGACAAAGAACAAGAUAUCAUGGAUAUCAAAGAAGGGAAGCAUGAUUGCAGAGUUUGUGGAGUAUGGAAGCCUGAUGAAUGAAGUGGAAAGCGAGGAUCUUGCAGAGCGAUUCAAUAAAGAUUCAAUGAAAAGAGAUUACUGGUAUGUGGAGUCUGCAGCGAUGCAUGUGAAGCAUGGUGAGGUUGUCCAGUUUGAAAGGAUUGGAUUUUAUUACUGUGAUGCAUUAUUUGUGUUCAAUAUGAUGCCGUUCACCAAGCAGAAGAGAUCUGAAUGCUGA